AUGCCUGCAUAUGGUAUGUGGCACUUGGGCCUGUACUUCGCUCUGGGUUCUGAGGCCUCUAACGAUUUGGAUUAUAUCUAUGGCCUCUUGGCUGUCACCAAGUCGCCAAUAGCACCCGACUAUUCCAAGUCCAUUCGUGAAGUGAAUCUCGAGUUCAUGACAUGGGCUUUGCCCUUCUGGAAAUCAGUACAGAAGAGGGCAAAGAAGCAGAAUUGGGAGGCCCUAUGCAAAGACGAAUGGCGAUAUGAACUCUCUAGCUUCUUGAACAGCCAUGAUGUUGGCCUGAAACGUCUUUACGGGCUCCCGAGCUGGGUUCCUGUGUUUUCAAGAGCUGACAGGCGAAAGGCAAUCGUAAGAGACCCCACAGAGCGUCGCUCAGCAUUUGUUACAGUGCCUGAGCUAUUCAACCGCCUGUCCAUAGCUAUUGUCUGUGAUAGCAUAUGGGUCAAGGGAAUCAAGAUCCAAGUUGUAAAGACUGUCUAUGAAAAGACUAUUUCUAAUACGCUCACGUCAUAUGGACUACAACAAUGUAUCAUGUCCUUUACCCAGUCAUCAAAGGAUAUGCACCCCACCGGCAAAACCGUAUUAGAGGUACUGUGUUGCACUCUGCUACGAAAAGAAGCCUAUGAAAACUAUGCUUUCGACGUAGGUCUUUGCACAGGCUGCUGGCUAUACUAUUCGGGCAAACUUGUGACCUCGAAACUGGGUAUGGAAUGGUCUCAAAAACCCUAUGUUAAAUCAGUACUAUCCGAGUGGUUGGAGGCGGGACAAAGUUUCGACGGCAACAAGUUAUUCACAACCGAGGAUGGCUAUAUCGGCACGAUGUCAGAAGAUGUGUUGCCUGGAGAUGUGGUUUGUGUUCUUGCAGGCUCGAGCGAGCUUGCAGUCCUCCGUCCCGAGGAUGACCACUACCUUUCUGUUGGGUGUUGCUUUAUGAUAGGUCUGAUGAAUGGCGAGGUCUCGGAGUUUCUGGCACCAGGGAGAGCCAAGAUUGAGACGAUUGAAAUUCGAUAG